UAAUUAAUUUCUAUAUGGAUCGUUUUGAAGACACCGAAAUAAAAAGCAAAACCAACCACUGGCGUCCAAGGACAACCGGCAUCGUGCCUCCAUGCGCGCUACAAAAUCCUGAUUCUUCUUAUCGAUUUCAAAGUGUGAAGUGAAACAGUGAAACAUAGUUUGGUCAUGGCUCUCAGGACUGAUCUAGUAUUUUGUACCGCAAUUUUUAUGCUAUUAACAGGCAUCUGUAUAGCAUAUCCGGACUUGGGAUUCCAUCAAUUCCAUCGCGAGCCACUAUUCACCCGGAGUGAAGUAGACCAGCUGCUGGAAAUAUCCAGGCCAACUCGAGAGGGAACCGGUCAAUCUGGAGAGUCGAUCGUCGAAAAGCCUGCUGUGCCACAAGCCGUAAAGAAUUGGCCAGCCGAAGAUUUGAAACUAGGCCAAGUAACGGCUGUAUCAGUUAAUUCUGCUCUUCAACCGGUCAUUUUUCAUAGAGCUGACCGAGAAUGGGAUCGAAAUACAUUCAACAUGAGCCACCAUUAUCUUCACUCCAACUUGGGACCGAUCGCUGACCAUACAGUUUUAACCCUUGAUCCAAGUAAUGGCAAAGUUUUAGAAAAAUGGGGUGCAAACGCAUUUUAUAUGCCCCAUGGUCUAACGAUUGAUCGGCACGAUAAUUAUUUUUUGACUGAUGUUGGCAUGCAUCAGGCAUUCAAGUUUAAACGAGGUCAAAACAUACCAACUUUGGUUUUUGGAGAGCUUUUUGUACCUGGAUCUGAUCACGGGCACUUGUGUAAACCAACCUCAAUAGCAGUGGCGUCUACAGGAGAGAUUUUUAUAGCUGAUGGAUACUGUAACAGCAGAAUCCUAAAAUAUAAUGCAGCAGGAGGAUUGCUUAGAGUAAUUCCCAGUCCUUCAGAAUUCCUCUCGCUGCAAGUUCCGCAUUCUCUGGCUCUCAUCGAAUCUACAGAUCGGCUGUGCAUCGCAGAUAGAGAAAACAUGAGGGUGGUAUGUCCCAGAGCAGGAUUAUAUAGCGUUAAAGGAAGAAAAGAAUCAGAACUGACUAUUCAGCAGCCGGAUAUGGGUCGACUGUUCGCAGUAGCUGCUAAAGGAAAACUGAUUUAUGCAGUGAACGGAUUCACUAACCAAAUGUUGCCUGUCCAGGGAUUAACUAUAGAUCCUGAAAGUGAAACUGUGAUAGACCAUUGGUCACCAGAAGCGGGAUUCUCCAACCCGCAUGAUAUUGCAAUUAGUGCUACUGGCGAAACAUUGUAUGUUGCAGAAAUUGGUCCAAACAAAAUUUGGAAAUUCGACUUGGUACCACCAAAGAAAUAAUUAUGUUAAUAAAAUAUUUCAUUAAGUUGGUAAACAAUAUGUAGGAUUUCAUUUUCGAUUCGAGCGAGAUUAUUAGUAUUAGGUAUUACUGACUUACUAUCUUACCGACAGCAGCUAUUCACUCAUAUCAAAAUUAACAUGUCGUGAGUUAUACACCAUCAGUUAUCAUUAACAUUGUAUAACAUUUAGCUGGAAACAGUAUCCUUAACGUUAAUAGUUAGUUGCAAUGUAUUAACAUCUAGAAUAGAAUAAAUAGAUCAACGACUAGAAGAAAUAUGUAUAACUAGAAAAAACGAUUUGUGUGGGUUAUACAUACGAGUAAGUAUAAAGUGAUAACAAUAAUAACAUAUUUAUAUGUUUUUAAGACAUUUUGUAAACGUGGUAAAAGUAUCGAUACCCAAAAUGCAAAUAUCUACUUAGUAUGGUAUGAGCUUCAUUAGAAUAAUUUUGCUGAACCUCAGGAUUUGGAGAAGCUUUAGUAAAAAAAUGUUUUUAUUUAUACGAUGUAAUUUAUUUGCCAUUAAAACUGUAGACAAUAAUUGUAAAGUUAGUUUAUGUGUUUGAAUAAAUGUUAUGUUCAGAA